GCAGCUCGGCACGACUGAGCCUCCUCAGAAAAGCAGAGGAGUGAAUGCUGGAAGUUCCUCAUAUUCAUUCAUCUGUGUUCAGGAUGUUUCUUUGCACGUUUAGGAACUCGAGUGCAAAUGAUAAUAAACUAGAUCUGACGGAAACAUCUGUGAACUUUGAACUGACAAACUGCUGACAUUCCACAGCUGCCUCAUGUGACCGAGUGCAGUUCAGUCAGACACGAACAGACCACACAGUGGAUUAAGAAAACGACAAUGACCAAAUUAAACAUGCACAUCGUGAUCCGCCACUAUCAACCCUCCGACCGCGAGGCUGUGGAAACAGUUUUCCGGGAGGCAAUAGAAGAGCACAUCAAUCCCGCAUUCAUGUAUGCUAUGACCCGACCGCUGCACAUCACCAUAAGCCUCUUCAUUUACGUCAGCGCUUACAUACUAAGCACAUACUCCCUGGUUCUAUCCUUGAUGUGUGGAGGAUCCUGGAUAGGCCUGGUCUACUUCUGCUGCCAUGAGUUUUAUGCUGGAUACGUCCGCUCCAGACUCAACACGGACAUGAAGGAUAUUUCUGCGUACUACCUCGAAAAUCCUGACAACUGCUUCUGGGUUGCAGAAGCUGAGAUUGAAGGCCGGCCUCAGGUUUUGGGUAUGGUUGCUGUGGAGGGUAAAAAGGGGUCUGAAAAGUAUGGAGAGCUUUACAGGAUGAUUGUUUCAUCCGCUUGUCGCCGUACUGGACUUGGUGUAAAGUUGGCUCAGACUGCUGAAGACUUCUGCAGGGAGCGCGGCUUCUCAAAGAUCAUGCUUUCCACUUCUUCGACACAGAAAGCAGCCGUGGCGUUGUAUUUCAAGCUGGGUUUUAAACUCCUCCGGGUUCACACUCAGACUGAGAGCAUGCAGUGGAUGAUCUGGAUGACCAGAGCCACCAUUCUGACCAUGGAGAAGAAGAUCUGAUCUUUAAAAAACUUUUAUAAGGAGUUUAAAUAGUUUUUAAUAAUCAUACUUGAUAAAAACAGUCUGCAGAAACACUUCUGCCUUUGUAUGUGUCAUCAGAGGGGGAAAGCCCGCUAGUGACCAUCUCUCCCUCAUUAGCAUAGACGGCCCUGAGUGAGAAGCAGCAUAUUAGAGUUUUCCAACCAAGGCGCAAUCUGAAUAUAUACCGAUAUAUACAUUACUAGAGUGCCAAAUAUGUUCCAAGAGGUACAUUUUUUGAAGUUUUUGAGAAUCCACCAGAGGCUGCUGUGAAUGCUUUUUCAGAUCUCAGAUUUCUCUCGCGAGUGCUAU